UACUUCCGGAGGUCAAACGGGUGAUAUUGGUUAUGAUUUUUUGUGACAUUUCUUAUUUUCCAUAUUACAAGUUGUUAUAUACUUUGAAAACACACGUGGGUGGUUUAUCCUUGGACAGGAACUGAAAAGCAGCAGGGAUGGCUUUAUUGGGGAGUCUGAGACCAGCGUUGACAUCAUUUCUGCAAGUGUCUCAGUCUGUCUCCCAAUGGUCUGGACCUGUCCUCUCCAGAACUAUGGCUACUCUGAAUCAGAUGCAUCGCCGGGGGAAGCCAUCACCCCCUCCCCCGAGCGUCAGCGCCAUGUUCGGCCGCCCCCAGCUGAAGGCAGUAAUCCUGAAGACAAUGAUCCGGAAACCCAAGAAGCCAAACUCGGCCAACCGUAAAUGUGCCAGAGUCCGCCUCAGUAACGGCAAGGAGGCAGUGGUGUUCAUUCCUGGGGAGGGACACAACCUCCAGGAGCACAACGUAGUGCUGGUGCAGGGGGGCAGGACACAGGACCUGCCAGGAGUCAAGCUGACUGUGGUCAGGGGAAAAUAUGACUGUGCCCAUGUUGUGAAGAAGAAAAAUAACUAAUAGGGAGCAAAUGUGUUUUUUAUUUUACAUUUAUUUAACUAGGCAAGAUCAGUUAAGAACAAAUUCCUAUUUUCAAUGACAGCCUAGGAACAGUGGGUUGACUGCCUGUUCAGGGGCAGAACGUCAGAUUUGUACCUUGUCAGCUCGGGGGUUUGAACUUGCAACCUUCCGGUUACUAGUCCAACGCUCUAACCACUAGGCUACCAUGUGUUUGCAUAAUACCUGUGUAAGUUUAAACAUGAGUUGGAUCCAGUGAUUUAUCUUGAACUUAUCAUGUGAUUUAUCCCGUGUAUCAGUAAUUCCCUUUUUGUUUUGUGGACUUCAGCAACCGGUCCUCUGUUUCCAGAGAUGAGCAGUCAGCUCGAAGAGGAUUUGCCCGAUUCAAAUUAGUUAAGAAAUACGAUUAUAUUAUUUUCAGAUCUUGAUAUUGCUGCAUUUUAUAUUGUUCCAUUAAAAUUAAAUUAAUAUU